UGUCGCCCUGCAGCGCGAGCUCGCUAGCUGCGUUUAGCUAGCUUAGCCUCAUUCAAGAGUCGCUUUUGAUUUCACGACGAUGUCAGAUACCCCCGUUAAACGUCCGGGGGUCGGGGUCGGGGUGCUGGUGACAGACUCGGCCCACCCGGGCUGUGUUCUCCUCGGGAAGCGGAGGUGCGCGGUGGGCAGAGGACUGUACCAGCUCCCCGGCGGGCACCUGGAGUUCGGCGAGACGUGGGAGGAGUGUGCUCACAGAGAGGUGCUGGAGGAAGCCGGGCUGCGUUUGGUGAACAUCCGCUAUGCGUCAGUGGUGAACUGCAUCAAGCUGGAGGAGCAGUACCACUACAUCACUAUAUUCAUGCGAGGGGAACUGGACAAGGAGCAGUCACAAGAGCCGCAGAACCUGGAACCGGAGAAGAACGAGGGCUGGACAUGGACGCGCUGGGAUGAGCUUCCUCCAGAGCAGCAGCUCUUUCUGCCGCUGGCCAUUCUGAGGCAACAAGGCUUCCAGCCGUUCACACAAAGUCAACCCUGACACUGCAACACGGGACACUGAACCGACAGCACAAAGCUCUGCUGCAGCACACACUAUAACAACAUUACAAUCUGUCAAAAUUAUGGUUUUUAUUUAUUUAUUUGGGGAAUUCAAAACAUUAAGAUUGUCAGCUGUGAUUUUCUUCAGACUUGAACAAAUGAAUGACGGCGUAAACAUAUCGACUUCAGCAGUGUUAACAAACAUAAAUGCAUUUGGUGUAAUAUUCAAAGAUAAAACAACUUGUCUUACUUCAAUGCAACAAUUACUGGUUGUAAUACUACAUUUAUGGAUCUCUUUACAGAUGUAAACAUUUCAGUACAUUCAAAUACACUUUGAAAGAGUU